UGGAGCACCCGGCGGCGCCAUCGUGGGCAGCCCUGUGGAGCGAGUGGGGCCGCGCCUCAAGCCGGGGCGGCAGCACUGAACGUUCCCUGGCAUCUGUGCUGUUUUGUGAGUGAUCAGACAUGCUCAGAGCCCCUCCGGACUCAAGCUGAACUUAAAGACGACAGACUGAGAAAGCUCAGAGAGUGCACGAUGGAGCGCAAGGCCGAGGGAAAAGAGAAGCAGCAGCACAGCCUGAGCUUGCUGAACAAAAUCCAGAGCAUGAAGGAACUAGCAGAAAUGAUCGACGUCGUGCUCAUAGCGGAAGAGGAGAAAUUCCCUUGCCACAGGCUGGUCCUGGCUGCCUUCAGUCCUUAUUUCAAAGCGAUGUUCACCUGUGGACUGCUUGAAUGCACGCAGCGGGAAGUGGUCCUCUAUGACAUCACGGCAGAAAGCGUGUCGGUGAUACUGAACUACAUGUACAGCGCGGCCCUGGAGAUCAACCACGCCAACGUGCAGACGGUGGCCAUGGCCGCCUACUUCAUGCAGAUGGAGGACGUCUUCAGCGUGUGUCAGAGAUACAUGAUGGACCACAUGGAUGCCUCCAACUGUGUAGGUAUCUAUUAUUUUGCAAAGCAGAUUGGAGCUGAGGAGUUAUCCGAUCAGUCAAAGAGAUACCUGUAUCAGCACUUUGCCGAGGUGAGCUUACACGAAGAAAUACUGGACGUCGAAGUGCACCAGUUUCUGACGCUCAUCAAAUCAGAUGACCUUAACAUAUCCAGAGAGGAGAGCAUUCUGGAUUUGGUUCUGAGAUGGGUAAAUCAUAACCGGGAACUGCGCACGGAGCACCUCGUUGAGCUUUUGAAGCAAGUCAGACUGGAACUUGUAAACCCUUCUUUUUUAAGACAGGCCCUUAAGAGGAAUACAAUGCUCCUAUGUGAUGCAGGUUGCAUUGACAUCAUUCAGAAUGCGUUCAAAGCCAUCAAGACGCCCCAGCAGCACGCGCUAAACCUCCGCUACGGCAUGGAGACCACCAGCCUUCUGCUUUGCAUUGGCAACAACUCCUCAGGGAUCAGAUCAAGACACAGGAGCUAUGGGGACGCCAGUUUCUGUUAUGAUCCAGUGUCUCGGAAGACCUAUUUCAUCUCCUCUCCCAAGUACGGGGAGGGUUUAGGCACCGUGUGUGCUGGUGUCGUCCUGGAGAAUAACACGAUCGUCGUGGCUGGAGAAGCGAGUGCCUCCAGACUCUCUAGACAAAGGAACAAGAACAUUGAAAUCUACAGGUAUCAUGACAGAGGAAACCAGUUUUGGGAAAAGCUAUGCACAGCCGAAUUUCGAGAGCUCUACGCCCUGGGCAGCGUCGGUAACGACCUGUAUGUCGUAGGAGGGCAGAUGAAAAUUAAAAACCAGUAUCUGAUCAGCAACUGCGUUGAUAAGUACUCGGCCGACCGCGCCGCCUGGAGGAGGGUGGCUCCCCUGCCCCUGGGGCUGGCGUGUCACGCAGCGGUGGCCCUGAAGGAGAAGCUGUACGUGCUCGGCGGCUGGACCCCGCAGAUGGAUCUUCCUGAUGAAGAACCUGACCGACUAAGCAACAAACUCCUGCAGUACGACCCCAGCCAGGACCAGUGGCGAGAGCGGGCGCCCAUGCGGUACUCCAAGUACCGCUUCAGCACGGCUGUGGUCAACGGCGAGCUCUACGUGCUGGGUGGAAUUGGCUGUGUUGGUCGAGAUAAAGGCCAGGUUCGGAAAUGCCUUGACGUGGUGGAGAUCUACAACCCGGAUGGGGACUUCUGGCGCGAGGGCCCGCCCAUGCCAAGUCCCCUCCUCUCACUGCGAACCAAUGCUACCAACGCAGGAGCGGUGGACGGGAAGCUGUAUGUCUGCGGGGGAUUCCACGGAGCAGAUCGCCAUGAGGUUAUCUCCAAAGAAAUCCUGGAGCUGGACCCUUGGGAAAACCAGUGGAAUGUGGUCGCCGUCAACGUGCUCAUGCAUGACAGCUAUGACGUCUGCCUGGUGGCCAGGAUGAACCCCCGAGACCUCAUUCCCCCGCCCGCAGACCUAGUGGACGAGGACAGUUAGCACGGAGGCCCUCCUGCCGUGCCUGGGCACCCAGCCAUCACUGACACAAGCACAGCAUGCGUAGCGGCCCCUGGGCAGAGUGCGCUGGUGCUGCCGGGAGGGGUGGACGCAGUCUGCCCUUGGGGACACAGUAGAUGAGACACCAGGGGUGAAGCAGCUGGAAUGGCCACAGGAAGAGCCCUGGGGGCGCAGGAGAUGGAGGCAUUGCAGUCAGCAGUGGCCUCUUACCUGGCCACAACCUCACAGGUGCAGCUGAUGGUCAGGUCACAGAAAUGGCCAAGCAGAGGCCCUGGGCUGGCAAAGCCUCCAGGAGGCCAGGUUGCCUAGGGCACAGGGUUCACUGCUAAGGUUAGGAAAAGUAGGUGGAGCUAAUUGAUGGCCAGCUGAAAGGACCAGGAGCGUGGACCUGGUCACUGCGCAGGGGGGUAUCUCGGGUAGGGACGUGAAAGGCAGGCUUCUCUCUGGGCUCCAUCCUGUCUUCGGUCUUACAGACUGUACCACAGCAACAUGGCCCGGAGCUGGGCUGGCUGUGGCCUGUUCCCAACACACCACCAUGAACAGACAUGUCUGCUCUGGGCAGAGCAUGUGUGCACACAGAGGUGCAGGAUUCUGCAGUCCUGAGCCACUCUGGGGUUGGUACUGAGGAUCCGGGGUGAGGCUUGUCCAGGCUGCCCUCAUCUGCUCUCAGACAUACACAGCCUCUCUGCAGGCUGGCGCCAGGUGAGGAGAACUGGCCCCAACCCCGGGCCAGCACUGGCUCCGGAGUGAGGGGAAAGGAAACAGCCUCUCUGGCCUGGCCAUCUGCUGCCUUCUUAGCCUCAGCCCUUAAAUACCGUCCCCAAUGUUGGGGUGAGGACAGAGCCACUGGCUUUAGCCCAGGGACACUAUUUAAAUAAUACAUAGGAAAGCCACCUAUUUUCCUACCAUCCAUCUGUAUUUCUGGAAGCACCAUGAAUUCUAAGAAUGUAUUUUGAUGGCUGCUUUUCAACUGCAUUUCAAAAGUUCAUGAGGCACAAGGUGCUUUUUUAAGCAGGAGAGAUCAGUGAAUUCCCUACGGUUUUCCCAGAGAGAGACAGACCCUCCCAAGACCGCUGCUCUGCAGCACGGAGCUAUGCGUCCCCAGCUCCAGCUGCUCACCCAGGGAGCAGAGGCAGGUCCAAAGGAACAGGAGCCACCUAGAAACCGACUUCUUCUGCCCCAAGGAAGGGGACCGGGUACCCAGCCCUGUGUGUUCUGGAGUAGACUAGACUCUAGGAGGGCAGGGGUCCUGUCUACCUCCUUGCAACUGCAAGGACCUGGCCUAAGGUGGAUCUUAGAGUGGCAAGUUAGGGAGGAAUCUCUGAGCACAGCUGGGAGUCUGGGUUAAAGUGAGCUCAUUUCUCUCCUGGGGAAGGGUCAUAAUCUGUGGGUUCUUCUCCUUGCUGCAAAGACAGAGCAGUUCUGAGUUGGCUAUGUCAGCUGCUGGUAGCCACAGCUGAGGGCCUCCAGUCCCAAGCUCCUCUUCACAGAAUCACUGUGCCUACUCCACCUACUGGAACGUUCUAGAAGCUGCCAGUUCCCUGAAUCUAGGGAGGCCUUGUCAGCGUGUCAUUGCUGAUCCAGAUGCUUUGGGCUCGAGUUCCACCUCAACUUAGCUAGUAGCCGUGCAACCUUACACGAGAUAAUCUUUCUAAAGUACUUUUUUUGCUUAUGUGCAAAAUGGGAAAGAAAAUGCUACAUGCUUUAUAUAUAAGA